AUGCAAACACCUGACACAACACUUAGUGUCUUCCUUCGUAGUAACGAGCUUCGAACAUUUUGCCGCCAAUAUGGCAGUGAAACACUAUCGGGACUACACCAAAGCUUUGCUAAUACUGAGCGGUUCUCUGCAAUCAUUGCAAAACAACGAGCGCUAGUAUAUCCAUGUGGUAGACAGCUUUCAGGGAUUUAUCAUGAAAUAGAACGAGAUCCAACCUUAAAGGCCUAUGUACGCGAUAUUGCGGAAAAUGAUCAUGGUACCUUUGUGUUUUGUGCACUUGAUGAACAGCUUCAACAUCUCGCCUCUCUCGAAUCCUUCGAAGUUGAUAUGUCAUAUAAACGAGUGAAAGGCAUCUUCAACGAGGUGAUAUUUGCAAGAUUUGUCCCAGAGCAUGGAAAAGUCAUGACUUUACUUCGAGUAUUUACCGACCAAGAGACCACUAAAGGAUAUGAAUUUCUCUUUGCCCGGACCUUUAACCUUAUCAAAAAAUAUAUAGGCCAUGAUAUCAAGUUUCACUAUCUACAUGGUAGUGGGAUAAAGUCAAUCGUCUGCGAUAUGUGCCCAAAGCAGAUGACAGGGCUUGGAAGAGUGCUUCAAAAUACUGGUCGUCAAGAUCUAGGCUGGAGAUGGCAUGCUAUGAAUAUCCUUAUAUUCUGCAAGAUCCAUUUCACUCGUACAGUCUAUAAAUUGAUACCAGAGAGCGGAGAUCCUAAUGAUACAACAUACCACGAAGCGCGAAGUCGACUACUAGCUUUAACAGAAUGUCAGACUAAAGCUGAUUAUAUGAAACUGACGGACCUAAUUAAAGAACAUGAUCCCGAUCUUACUGGAUGGGUCAACCACAAGCAAAUUGAUAUAAUUGCAGCUGGUCUUUGUAACGCUUGCUCACCAAUACAGUCUGAGUUCUUUGAAGAAGCGAGACGACAUACAAACGCUGUAGAGCAGAGUCACUAUAAAUCCUAUUAUAUGGGUACCCAGGACUCUUUACUUCAAGCGGUUCUAAAGUCAUACAAUCCAACGCGCACGAUCAAAAAGACUAAAAAGAAGAAGCAGUCAAACUCCUUCUUCACGCGGCCGUUCAACGAGCAGUUCGGCAAGCGGUAUAACAACACCCUCUUCGUCACAGCGAGAAUCUCCCAGUCUUCGUCGUACUGCAUCGAUAAACCUUCAUCAGCAAAACCAUACUACCCCUGCGCAAGAUGA